AUGACUGUCACAGCGUUUGCCGCCGCCAUGCACAGACCCUUCUUUAAUGGAUACCCAUCUAUGCAAGAUAUGAAUGCCGGUCAAGGACGCGUCAAUCAACUGGGAGGCGUAUUCAUCAACGGCCGUCCUUUACCCAACAGCAUCCGGCUGAAGAUAGUCGAAAUGGCUGCAGAGGGCAUACGGCCUUGUGUUAUUUCCCGCCAACUUCGUGUGUCUCACGGUUGUGUGUCGAAGAUCUUAAAUCGUUACCAGGAAACCGGUUCUAUUCGCCCCGGAGUAAUCGGCGGCUCCAAGCCUCGUAUCACCACACCAGAAAUUGAAAACCGCAUUGAAGAAUACAAACGAGCCAAUCCUGGAAUUUUCUCUUGGGAAAUUCGUGAUAAACUCAUCCGAGAUGGUAUUUGUGAUCGCACCACUGCUCCCUCAGUAUCCGCCAUUUCGCGAUUGGUACGUGGUCGUGAUGCCCCUCUAGAAAAUUGCGAUGAACAAAAAACACAGACUUCUGCUUCAGGUUCCGUCUCAGAUGCUGCCACCAACUCCCAUGAAGAUCUCUCCGACUGUGAAAGUGAACCCGGCAUUGCCUUGAAACGUAAACAACGACGUAGCCGUACCACAUUUUCUGCCAUGCAAUUGGAAGAACUCGAAAAAGCUUUUGAACGUACCCAAUACCCCGAUAUUUACACACGCGAGGAGUUGGCCCAACGUACCAACCUUUCAGAAGCUCGAAUUCAAGUUUGGUUUAGUAACCGACGUGCUCGUUUGCGGAAACAAAAUACCUCAGGUGGAUCAACUGUUGCCAGCGGUCAAGUUCCUCUAAUGGCAGGUAUGGGAACAUCAUAUCCCACCGUGGCCCACCAUCCUUAUGCUGCAAUGAUGCCAACUGAGGCCUCAGUUGCGGCAGCUGCUUAUCAGCAACAAAUGUACGAUUUCUAUGCUGGACACACCUCAUCGGCUGCUGCUGUGGCGUCUUCGUCAGCCACUGCGCCGCCUGUAGCUAAUGCCUCAGUUGCUAGUGCCUUGACACCACCUCAUCAUCAGCUUUAUAAUUCGGUUGUCCCCAACACUGUCCAAUACGGUAUGAACAUGAAUGUCUACAAUUCCAGCGGUACCGCCCCAACAAGCACAGUAUCACCACAAAAUGGGUCCUACGCCAACGAAAACGAAAACGCUGCUCCAAUUGUACGCAACGAUAGCCCCAGCGAAUCCAUCAAUUCCGCUUAUGGCUCUUCGGGCAUACAGUUGCCUCCAACCCCCAACAGCUUGUCGGCAGUUAUCGGCGGAGGUCCUCACUCCGUGAACGGCAACAGCCAUGAGGACCUACAGGCAGCCCUGAAAUCAGAACCAUCGAACACUACUCAACAUCAACACCAUCACUAUAACCACUGGCAGAGUUCCCAGACUACGAGUACAACGUCUUCAGCUGCAAGGCCUUCGGCUCCAUUAUCACCGGAAGAUUCCUUGAAUUCGACGGGACAUGAAUCCAAUACCCAAGUCUCUAACAUUUCUAAUGCUGGGCACAAUAUGUACUCUCAUGCGUCAGCGGCUGCAGCUGCUGCCGCCUCUCAAUAUCCCUCGUAUUCAGCUCAUGCACAUCACCACCAUCACACAUCACACCAUUCUCAAUACAGCCAGCAGUAUGGAAGCUCGGGCCAACAACUACCUUUUCCUUCGCAUGGCGCCACCUCUGGCACGGCUGGAGCCAACUCCAGUCAUUUUAUGCAACAAAAUUUUGCUGCUUUCGGGUCGCCUUCUAAAGUUAAUUAUGCUGCAGUGCCUCAACAUUUCUAUCCAUCAUGGUAUUAA